AUGAUACAGGACGAGCAGGAUAUGGGCUUCGCUGCCAAUGAAGUCUCCUUUGAGAAUGGGACAUCAGAGAACAAAGACCUCAAUCAUGAUCUCCAGCGGACGCUUAAGCCGCGUCAUUUACAAAUGAUUGCAAUUGGAGGUGUCAUUGGUACUGGUCUCUUCUUGGGAACGGGCAGUGAUUUGCAAAAUGGUGGUCCUGCAGGUUUGCUUCUUGGCUACUGCAUCAUGGCUUCACUUUUGUUCUCGGUAAUGACUGCUCUUGGCGAAAUGGUCUCCCAAUUUCCCAUGGCGGGAGGCCAGUUUGCUCUUGCUAGUCGUUUUAAUUCUCCAGAGCUGGGAUUUGCCAUGGGAAUUGUGUUUUGCUACAUCAUUGUUUUGCCGGCCGAGAUUUCUGCUGCCGCUGUACUCAUCACCUACUGGACCCCAGCAGGACAGACAGAUUCCACCUGCACCACUGGUAUCUGCAAUAAUGCUAUGUGGGUAGGACUUAUGUUGAUUGUUGUCUUCCUUGUCAAUUAUGCUGGAACCCGUGUGUUCGGCGAGAUGGAGUUUUGGUUCUGUUCGAUAAAAGUCUUGACAAUCAUCGGUCUCAUUAUCUCAGGUAUUAUCAUCAGUGCUGGUGGUGGCCCGACUCACGAAGCUAUUGGGUUUAAGUUUUGGAAUGAAACUGGUGGCUUCCAACAGUAUCAAGAUAUUGGUGGUGCUAAGGGGCGCUUCCUUGGCUUUUUCAGCGUACUAAUCAAUGCGGCAUUUGCCUUCAUUGGAUCUGAAAUCACAGCAAUCGCGGCAGCUGAAACCUCCAACAUUGGACUGCUUGUCUCCCCAUCAGACCCGUCUCUUGACCUCUCUUCGACAGCAGCAAAAAGUCCCUUUGUCAUCGCAAUUGUUAAUGCCGGCAUCCCCGCUUUGCCAUCAAUAGUCAACGCUGCCCUCCUUAUCAGUGCAUGGUCUGCUGGAAUCGCUGAUCUCUUUGUCUCUACGCGUACACUGUACGGACUCGCUGUGAAAGGGCAUGUCCCCAAGAUUUUUUUGAAGACCCGUAAAGAUGGCUUCCCUUGGGUUUGUUUUCUGUUCUGUGCAGUAUUCGCUUUACUCUCCUUCAUGGCUGCCGCUUCGGGAGAAGCGGGCACAGUCUUCGGAUAUUUUUCGAAUAUGACCGCCAUGUGUGGCAUGGUCUCGUGGACCGGUAUUCUGUGGACCAGCAUUCGCUGGCACAAAGGUUUGAAGAUGCAGGGCAUUGACCGCAAGACUUUGCCAUAUAGGGCCCCUUUGCAGCCCUAUCUGUCUUACUAUGGAAUCGUAAUUACUACCAUGGUUAUGAUUUUUGGUGGCUUCAGUUCCUUCAUCCAUUCCUUUGAUGUCUCUUCGUUCAUUACCACAUAUUUCCCUCUCCCAUUCUUCGCCGUGCUUUACUUUGGCUACAAGUUCUGGAAUAAAUCGAAGAUGAUUGGCUAUACUGAGAUGGAUUUUGUGACUGGUUCUUCGGUUGCAAUACCCGACGACAAACUGCCCAAGAGCACUUGGAAAAAGAUCUCCGAGAAUAUCUGA